AUCGAAGGUAUCUAUUCACGGAGAGAAGUACUAUCUACUUCCUUCUGUGCGUUGCCCUCAAUACUCGACAAAUCCAAGCCCAGUCCCGCUAGCCUGACCCUCUCCCCAGCACUGCGUCACGGUCACAGCACGGUUGCAGCACUAGCAACAAUGUCCCAACCGUCAACCCUAACGACCGACCUCAAGCCACACCUUGCCCUCAUCACCGGCGCCACAGGCGGCAUUGGCAAAGCGACAAGUCUCGCCCUCGCACGCCUAGGCUGCUCAAUAGCAGUACACUACAACAGCGCCGCGGACACUGCGCGCGAACUCGUCGAACAACUUCAGCACCUCGGCGUAAAGGCAUCGGCAUUCCAAGCAGAUCUGAGUUCAUACGAUGCCGCACGCAAAUUGCACGCCGAUGUCGUCCGCGAGAUGGGCAAGCCGACGAUCCUGUUCAACAACGCUGGGUUGACGAUGGGAAAGAGUGGUGUCAAAGAGAUCACAGAUAUUUCGAUCGAGGAAUUUGAGCAGACGUGGCGCGCCAACUGUGGGACUGCUUUCCUCCUCACACAGCUUUGCAUACCGGAUAUGGUGGAGAAGGGAUGGGGACGUGUGAUUUUCUGCUCCAGCGUCGCUGGGUUCACGGGCGGUGUUGUUGGUCCACAUUAUGCAUCCUCCAAAUCCGCAAUGCAUGGCCUGAUACAUUGGUUGGCUGGGGCUUAUGGCAAGAAAGGCAUCACUGUCAACGGUGUGGCGCCGGCCCUGAUCGAGGAGACGAAAAUGCUGCCUGGAAGUAAUGCCGAACUUGCUGCGAGAAUCCCGAUUGGUAGACUCGGCAAGCCCGAGGAAAUCGCUGAGACGGUCGUCUGGAUGGUCAAGACCGGGUAUGUGCAUAACAAGGUCAUUGCUGUUGAUGGUGGGUGGUUCAUACAGUAGCCACGGAUGCGCCUCAGAUAUGUUGGUGAUGAGAAA